UUAUUAUACUCUUUGUUUCCGCCUCUAUGACAAUCAAUAGUCAAGUCAAAAUUUAUCUACAAUGUAAGAAAAAUUUUAAGAUCUAUUAAAAUUCUGUAAAAGUAUUAUACCAAAAUAGAAACCUUUAGCAACCAUGUUUACCAGGAAGCUACUGAAUUACCCUUUAUUGUUUUGUAAUAAUAUAAAAUGUGUGCAGAUGAGAAAUCUUCAAGCUUCUGUUAUUGGGGCUGGAGGAGAGGUUGGAUCUAACUUGUCACUGUUGCUGAAACAGAACAAUAAAUUACACAGAUUGCAGUUGUAUGACGAUGACGAGAAAAUAUUAGGGACUGCAAUGGAAUUGGGCCUUAUGCCAGGAGGGCCUGAAGUUACCGCACACGCUGGGAGUAAUAAUUUGCAUGCAGCGGUGCGAGGCGCUGAUCUCAUCGUGAUGGUGCAUAGAGUUCCUCGCAAACCAGGAUAUACGAGGGAGCAAAUGCUUGCAGCUAACGCUCCCGCUGUGCAUAAGGUAUGUCGAGCAAUGGUUGACGAGAAUCCUACAGCAUUUUUGGCAAUUGCAUCGAUCCCUUUAAAUUCUUUGGUACCUUUUGCGAGUGCACUUUUGUAUAAAUAUGGAGUUUACAAUCCUUUUAAGAUAUUUGGCGUGACGCACUUAGAUGUUGCCAGAGCACGAACUUACGCUGCUAACGCUUUGAAUGUAAGCACUAGAAACUUAUCCCUGCCUGUUAUUGGCGGACACUCAGACGAGACGAUAAUACCUUUAUUCUCAAAUAUAUCACCAGCGGACUAUUGUAUAGAUCCAUGCCAAGCAAAUACAUUAACGCGACUUUUGAGGAAGUCCGGAACAGAAAUAGUAUUUCAAAAACAAGGCAACGAAGCAGCUGUUUUGGGUGUCGCUUGGUCUAUUUACGAAUUUUGUGAUUUAAUAUUUGACGCUAUAUGUGGCAGUCAAGUUGUAGUAAAUAGCUAUACUGCUAACCCAAAUUUUGGUACAAGGUUUUUUUCUGGUCCCACCACCGUAGGACCUUAUGGUAUGACUCGGGCAUGCCAGCAAUUUUGCUACAAUGACUACGAAUCAUUUCUAGUGAGUGCGUCUGUGCCAGUUAUCAACAGAGAUGUCACUAUCGGAGAAAACUAUGUUGAAUAUAUAGAAAGCAAGGGAAAAGCUAAAUAUUAAUAUUGUUCAGUUUUGUCAAUUUUACAGAGUUUUAAUAAAUUGAAAUUAAUAAAUUAUUUUACAUUCCUAA